AUGGAGGAGGCUCCCGAUCUGGCCUCCGUUGACGGCGGCGAGGGUAUCUCGCCGCUCUACCUGGCGGCAUCGACUUCCUCGUUAGGGAUCGUCCGCGCGCUGCUACGCCCCUCGCACGACGGAACACCGUCGCCGGCGUCGUUUUCUGGUCCGGAGGGACGGACUGCUUUGCAUGCUGCGGCAGCUGUUAGCAAAGAAAUAGUUCAAGCAAUCCUGGGUUGGGACAAAGAUUCAACUUUGCUAACCAAAGUUGAUUCAUCAGGAAGAACACCUCUCCAUUUUGCAGCAUUGUAUGGAAGACUCGAUGUUGUGGAGCUAUUCCUGGAUGAUCAUGCUUCCCUCCGGCUAGCUAGCAUUUCUGAUAACAACGGAUCAUUUCCUGUCCACGCUGCUGCUAUGGUGUGGGACAGAAGAACCGUCCUUGAGCUCAUAACUGAAUUCCCCGACUUUUAUGAACAGGUUGAUAAUCAGGGAAGAAACCUUCUCCAUCAUGCUGUCGAGCAUGGUCGGGAGUGGUUGGUUCACCAAAUUUGCGAAAAUGACGAGUUUGCGAUGCUGUUGAAUGCGACUGACUCUCAUGGAAAUACCCCGCUCCAUCUUGCCGUCAAAAGUCAAUAUCCAGGAAUUUUUUAUUCACUGUUGGCGACGCCAAGUGUGAACAUGGGCAUUACCAACAAAGAUGGCCUCACUGCUGGAGAUCUUGCUUUCAUGGCAAGAAAACCUGAAAGGAUUUACUAUUUCCUGGAUCCGUGUGCCAUUGCGGAAAAUUGUAUGUACUGGUUAAGAGCACCAAGAACUUUAGAUGGACUUCUUGGCUUGAACGACAAACCAGCUGCACAGAAGAAUAGUGAGAAGGAUGCACCAGAGGUGUUCAAUCCCGGUGCACAGAAGGGUAGUGAGAACGAUGCACCAGAGACAGAGAAACAAGACGACAUGACGAAAACCGGGACAAUCGCAUCAGCUGCACCAGAGAGACAACAAAACUACAUGACGACAAAUAGGUCAACUGUAUCAGCUCUGAUCGCCACCGUGGCAUUCGCGGCAGCUUUCACCGUACCGGGGGGCUUUGUCACCGACGACCACGCUCGUGCGGGGACGGCAAUACUGGCGAGACGUUUUGCGUUCAAAGCAUUUGUGGUGUCAGACACAAUGGCAUUCGUCUGCUCCAUCGUCGCCACCUGCUUCGACAUAUAUGGCGGCGCACAGGAGAUUCCCGACAGCCACCGUCGCAGUUACAAGUUGCUGGCAUCUGGCUUGGUGCCGAUAGGAUCACAGUCGAUGAUUGCUGCGUUCGCAUUUGGGUUUCACCUCGUCGUGGGCUCAGUCAACCGUUCGCUCAUCAUCUUAGUUUACAUCUUGUCCUUGGUUGCAGUGCUCUUCUGCUUCCCUGGCAUCUGGGCUCCCGUCCAUCUUGGGAUGGGAAAAGCACUAUGGCGUCGAGCCGGAUGGAAGGGACUUGCCAACAUACACAAGCGCCCAUCGAACCAGCCGCUAUUGUUCCUCUUGUUGAGUAGCUUUCUGUUCAUAAAUGUUAGACGACCAUUGUUCGUAUUGCUCAUCUCCGCUACGUUCGUCGUCGCCAUCAUACUUAGCAUUGCUUUGCCAAACUACUGA